CCAACACGAUCACAUCGCAGAUCCGACCAACUAUACAUACAUCAUAGCAUAGUAUAGUACAUAGUAGCCUGGUAUAACAAGUGCGCGGUUCGGCGGUACGGGUUCUGUUUAGCGUUGAUCUGCCUUGAUUUAGAUUUAUGUUUUGAUUUUUCGUCGUUCCUGUCAACGAGUGUUUGUUUCGGUUCAUUGCCAGUUGUUCAAAAGAUUUGUCACCGGUAAUUUUCGAUUAUUUAACGAUUUUCCUGGGAGGAGUUUGGAUAUUACACAAAAAGAACUGCGUUCAUUCCUGUUGAAGAAAAAAUAAAGUGUUUUGUAAGCAACGUCAUGACUAAGAAUGGACACAGCAAUGCGGCUUACGUCAGUGAUCAUGCGGACAAAUUGGAGCUGGCCGAGAAGGGUCAGAAGAACAAGGCCAUUGUGGCCAAGGAUCCCGACUACAAUCCCUACCAUCAUCGCACUGUGGAGCAUCCCACCUCUAACUCGGAGACUCUCUUCCACUUGCUGAAGGGUUCACUGGGAACUGGUAUCCUGGCCAUGCCGAACGCCUUCCGUAACUCCGGCUAUAUCACGGGAUCCAUUGGCACCAUUGUCAUUGGAUUUAUUUGCACCUUCUGCAUUCAUCAGCUGGUCAAGGCUCAGUAUGAACUGUGUCGCAGAAAGAAGAUGCCCAGCAUGAACUAUCCAAUGGUGGCAGAGACAGCCAUGGGCGAAGGACCAAAAUUCUUCCGCUUCUUUGCUCCUUACAUUGGCACAGUGGUGAAUACUUUCCUGCUGAUCUAUCAACUGGGCACCUGUUGCGUAUAUGUGGUCUUUGUGGCCUCCAACAUCAAGUCCAUUGUGGAUGCAGUGGCGGAUACAAAUAUCGAUGUGCGACUCUGCAUGAUCAUCAUCCUGCUGCCAUUGAUCCUGAUCAACUGGGUGCGCAAUCUGAAGUAUCUGGCUCCGUUCUCCACAUUGGCCAACGCCAUUACCAUGGUCUCCUUCGGCAUUAUCUGCUACUACAUCUUCCGGGAGCCCGUGACCACGGAGGGCAAGGAUGCCUUCGGAAAGCCCUCGAACUUCCCGCUCUUCUUCGGCACUGUCCUGUUUGCCCUGGAGGCCAUUGGCGUAAUCCUUCCGCUGGAGAACGAGAUGAAGACCCCGCAGAAGUUCGGUGGCAGCUGUGGUGUCCUCAACGUGUCCAUGGUGCUCAUUGUCUUCCUCUACGUGGGCAUGGGCCUCUUUGGCUAUCUCAACUACGGAUCCGCGGUGCUGGGUUCCAUUACUCUGAAUAUGCCAGAGCAUGAAGUUCUCUCCAUGUGCGUCAAGGGCAUGCUGGCCUUUGCCAUCUAUAUUACCCACGGACUGGCCUGUUAUGUGGCCAUCGAUAUUACCUGGAACGAUUAUGUGGCCAAGCGUCUGGGCGCCCAGCGAAAUGCCCUGUUCUGGGAGUAUGCAGUGCGAACUGGCUUGGUCCUAGUCACCUUCCUCUUGGCCGUGGCUAUUCCCAACCUGGAGCUGUUCAUCUCGCUGUUUGGAGCUCUGUGUCUGUCUGCUUUGGGAUUAGCUUUCCCAGCUCUCAUCCAGAUCUGCACGCAUUGGUACCAGACCAAGGGAAUCGGAAAGGCCUGGCUAGUGUUGAGCAACUUUGUGCUCAUCAUUGUGGGCAUCCUGGGCCUGGUAAUCGGCACAUAUACCUCGCUCAAGGAGAUCGUGCUUACAUUCUCCGAGUAGUCAGAAUAUCGUUUACCUAAAUCCGCCAGCGGGCAUUCCAAUUCAAGCGAAAGUAUUAUGAGCAAUCGAAAGAUAUUGAAAUCUGUAGACAUUCGCAGCGCAGCACAAAUGACAAGAUACAGAUGCAGAUGCAACUAGGGAUACAGAUACAGUUGCUGUACAUGUGUAAACUUCUUCUACUCCGAACUAUUUGUUGUGUAUUUGUAUAGAAUUUAUCAGAUUUGUGAUAUUUUUAAGCAUCAUGCCCAAGAAUCUGUACAACAAGUGUUUGUAUAUCAUAUAUUUCUUUAUGUAGUAGAUAACGUCUUGAUAAGUAGUUUAGUGCCAAGUCACAUCUUUAUAAGUCAUAUUUAAAGUACGAUAGCAGUUAACCACAGUAAUAAAAAAUAUUUUGCCAUA